ACUGGAUAAAGAAAGGAAGAAGGAAGACUUCACUACUUGAAGUUCUUCAUUCUUCUUAAUAUUUACAUGAAGAUUCCAAGAGGAAGAUUUCCGCUCUCAAUCAUGGUCAUUGUCAUAUGUGCUUUGGCCUUCACAGGUCUAAUCUUCACUGAAGAACUUCGAAAAAUCACUGAGGAGAAAGAGAAACAAAGCAAUAAAGCUCGCUAUAUUAAGGAAGAUAAGAUUUAUUUCAAUCCGAAACAGUGCAGAAUAGAGAAGGGGAAAUGGAUCUUCAAUAGUUCAUCAAUGCUUUAUUAUACUGAUAUGAAUUGCCCAUAUGUAGAUAUACAAGUAGCUUGUUUGAGGAAUGGGCGGCCUGAUCGAGAUUACUUGUUCUGGGAAUGGCAGCUUGAUGAUUGUAUAUUGCCAGAGUUUAAUGCAAUAGUUCUUCUUGAGAAACUUAGAGGAAAAAGGCUUAUGUUUGUCGGAGACUCAUUGCAGAGGGGGCAAUGGCAAUCACUUGUAUGCAUGGUGGAGUCUCAUAUACCAUUUGAGAAAAAAUCUAUGAAUAGAACUACAACUUUAUCUGUAUUCAGAGCUGUGGAAUACAAUGCGUCGAUCGAGUUCUAUUGGGCACCGUUUCUAGUUCAAUCAAAUUCGGAUACAAAAGUCAUCUCGGAUGUAUCGAAAAGGAUUCUUAGAGUGGACUCAAUCUCCAAGCAUGGUCAUCAUUGGAUUGGAGUGGAUAUAUUGGUCUUCAAUACUUAUGUGUGGUGGAUGAGCGGAUACAAGAUAAAGUCAUUGUGGGGAUCAUUUACCAAUGGAGAAGAAGGUUAUGAAGAGUUUGAUGCUGUUAUAGCUUACAGAAUUGGAUUGAAAACAUGGGCGAAUUGGAUUGACUCUAAUCUAAAUCAAACCAAUACAAGAAUAUUUUUCACUACAGCUUCUCCAACCCACAUGAGAAGCAUAGAUUGGAAUCGAAAGCACGGCAUUCGAUGCUACAAUGAAACAAAACCAGUGAUGAAGAGAGGAUAUUGGGGAAGUGGUUCUGACAAGAGAAUAAUGGAGGUUAUUUCAAGCAUUGUUGAGAGAAUGAAAGUACCCAUAACUUUCAUAAAUAUAACUCAGCUCUCAGAUUACAGGAAAGAUGGCCACACUUCAGUUUAUACUGAGACAGAAGGGAUAGUAUUUACAGAAGAGCAGAAGGCUGAUCCACAGAACUAUGCUGAUUGUAUUCAUUGGUGCUUGCCUGGAGUUCCUGAUACAUGGAAUAAGAUUUUCUAUGCAUAUUUGUAAGGUUCAAUUGUUAACCAUAUGAGUUAAUUAAUUAAUUUGGAUCUAAAAUGUGACUUCAGAGUUAUAUAAAUUAUUGUAAGGUAAUUGCAUUUUAUAAUUUGCUGCAAUUUUAAGAGUAUGAUAAGGAAGUAGAAAU